AUGUCCAUUAUAUUUCUUAUUUAUUUUGAACAUAGAUGUCUGUCUUUCUUCGACUGUUUCCUUUCAUUUUCGUUCGUUCACUUACAGUUCUUUUAUUUUGAAGACAAUCCUUUCUUUCUUUUAUCACUUAAAAACAUUCGUAUUGAUUUCUUUUCCCUUGCUGCCAUUUUUCUUUCGUUAUUUUCUCUUGCUAUCAGCUUUAUAUCUUCCCGUAUUAUCGUCUUUCUUUCUUUCUUUCUUUUUAUCUUUCUUUCUUUCUUUCUUUCUACCUUUGGUAUCAUCGUCCUUUCUUUUUUUCAUUGUAUAUUUUUUCUUUCUUGCUUCCCUAAUUGUUUAUUCUAUAUGCCUUUCUUUUCUCUAGCUAUCAAUUUUCUUUUUUCUCUUAUUAUGGGUCAUUCUUUCUUCUCUAAUUAUCGUCUAGCUUUCUUCUUUCCUUCAUUCGUUCGUUCCUUUCUUUCUUUCUUUCUUUCUUAUAGUCUUUUUUUUCUUUCUUUUCUGUCUUUUCUCUUUCUUUCUUUCUUUCUUUCUUUCUUUCUUUCCUUUCUUUCUUUCUUUCUUUCUUUCUUUCUUUAUUAUAGUCUUUCUUUCUUUUCUGUCUUUUCUCUUUGUUGCUUUCUUCUCCCUUGCUAUCAUUUUCCUUGA